GGCCCAGCGCCGUGGGCGGCCGCGCGCAGCCCGGCCCGGCGCGCCUCCGUGACAUUGGGCGCCCGGGGCGCGGGGCGAUGCUGAUCCGGAAGAGCCAGCGGCCGCAGUGUCGCGCGCGCCGCCGCUCCGGGCCCGCCGUCCGGCCUGGGCUGCUCCGCCCGAGUUUCUGAUCCGGCGCGACCCGCCCGCGAGGCCGGAGCCCCGGCGGCGCCGCGGCGCCCCAACUUGCAGGCGCGGAGGGACCCCAGACAUUGCACUAAAAUGAACGUGCUCAGCAGGAAGAGAUGUGCUCCUUACGCUAGAAAUCACCCCGUCACAUGUGGUGGUGUCCCAUUUAAUGGAUUCUGACAUGGAUUAUGAAAGGCCAAACGUAGAGACCAUCAAGUGCGUUGUGGUGGGGGACAACGCCGUGGGCAAGACCAGGCUCAUCUGUGCCCGUGCCUGCAAUGCCACCCUCACCCAGUACCAGCUGCUGGCCACCCACGUGCCCACAGUGUGGGCCAUCGACCAGUACCGUGUGUGCCAGGAGGUGCUGGAACGCUCCCGAGACGUGGUAGAUGAUGUCAGCGUCUCCCUGCGCCUCUGGGACACCUUUGGAGACCACCAUAAAGAUCGUCGCUUUGCUUAUGGGAGAUCCGAUGUGGUGGUUCUGUGCUUCUCCAUUGCCAACCCCAAUUCCCUCCACCAUGUUAAGACCAUGUGGUACCCAGAAAUCAAGCACUUCUGUCCCCGAGCACCUGUCAUCCUGGUGGGCUGCCAGCUGGACCUGCGCUAUGCUGACCUGGAGGCCGUCAAUAGGGCCAGGCGACCCUUGGCUAGGCCCAUCAAGCCCAACGAGAUCCUUCCCCCAGAGAAGGGUCGAGAGGUGGCCAAGGAGCUGGGGAUCCCAUACUAUGAGACCAGCGUGGUGGCCCAGUUUGGCAUCAAGGACGUCUUUGACAACGCCAUCCGGGCCGCACUCAUCUCCCGCCGCCACCUGCAGUUCUGGAAGUCCCACCUCCGCAACGUGCAGCGGCCUCUGCUGCAGGCGCCCUUUCUGCCCCCCAAGCCACCACCCCCCAUUAUCGUGGUGCCCGACCCCCCCUCCAGCAGCGAGGAGUGCCCCGCCCACCUCCUGGAGGACCCGCUCUGCGCGGACGUCAUCUUGGUGCUGCAGGAGCGGGUGCGCAUCUUUGCCCACAAGAUCUACCUCUCCACCUCCUCCUCCAAGUUCUACGACCUGUUCCUCAUGGACCUGAGUGAGGGGGAGCUGGGGGGCCCCUCGGGGCCAGGGGGCACCCGCCCAGAGGACCACCAGGGCCACCCCGACCAACACAGCCACCAUCACCACCACCACCACGGGCGGGACUUCCUGCUGCGGGCAGCCAGCUUUGACGUGUGCGAGAGCGUGGACGAGGUGGGGGGCUCUGGUCCCGCUGGCCUCCGUGCCUCGACCAGCGACGGGAUCUUACGGGGCAACGGAACGGGGUACCUGCCAGGCAGGGGUCGUGUGCUGUCUUCCUGGAGCCGAGCUUUUGUGAGCAUUCAGGAAGAGAUGGCAGAAGACCCCCUGACCUACAAAUCCCGGCUGAUGGUGGUGGUAAAGAUGGACAACUCCAUCCAGCCGGGGCCCUUCCGGGCUGUUCUCAAGUACCUGUACACGGGGGAGCUGGACGAGAACGAGCGGGACCUCAUGCACAUCGCCCACAUCGCCGAGCUGCUGGAGGUCUUCGAUCUGCGCAUGAUGGUGGCCAACAUUCUCAACAACGAGGCCUUCAUGAACCAGGAGAUCACCAAGGCCUUCCACGUCCGCCGGACCAACCGGGUUAAGGAGUGCUUGGCCAAGGGCACGUUCUCAGAUGUGACCUUCAUCCUGGAUGAUGGCGCCAUCAGCGCCCACAAGCCCCUGCUGAUUUCCAGCUGUGACUGGAUGGCUGCCAUGUUUGGGGGGCCGUUUGUGGAGAGUUCCACCCGGGAGGUGGUGUUUCCUUACACAAGCAAGAGCUGCAUGAGGGCGGUGCUGGAAUACCUCUACACUGGCAUGUUCACCUCCAGUCCCGACCUGGACGACAUGAAGCUCAUCAUCCUGGCAAACCGCCUCUGCCUGCCACACCUGGUCGCCCUCACAGAGCAGUACACAGUGACCGGGCUGAUGGAAGCAACCCAGAUGAUGGUGGACAUCGAUGGGGACGUCCUUGUGUUCCUGGAACUAGCUCAGUUCCACUGUGCGUACCAGCUGGCUGACUGGUGUCUCCAUCACAUCUGCACCAACUACAACAACGUGUGCCGCAAGUUCCCCCGAGACAUGAAGGCUAUGUCCCCAGAAAACCAGGAGUAUUUCGAGAAGCACCGGUGGCCGCCCGUCUGGUACCUGAAGGAGGAGGAUCACUACCAGCGGGCGCGGAAGGAGCGAGAGAAGGAGGACUACCUGCACCUGAAACGGCAGCCCAAGCGGCGGUGGCUGUUCUGGAACAGUCCCUCCUCUCCGUCCUCCUCGGCGGCCUCCUCAGCAUCUCCAUCCUCCUCCUCGGCUGUGGUCUGAGAUGCUGCCACCCUCCUUUGACCCUGCAGCUGUUGUCCCCACCGCCCAGCCCCUCUGUCCUUCUGCAUCUCCCCUCCACCUUACGGGGACAAGGGGAUCAAGGGGAUCGGCGGGACCAGGACCUUACUAAGGGCGGCGCUGUCCUCACCAGCCAGAGAGUAGCCUCGCCCUGGGGAUCAGAACAAGAACCACCUGCAGAGGUCCCCAGGUCCGAAGCAGGGUGGAGACAAUUGCUGGGGGUGGGACAGGGGAGGAGCUGCAAGCUCUGGCAUGUUAUCUGGGUCCCAGCACCUUGAAGUCAAAGGGAAAAGCCUCCCCACGUUGGGUCUCUGCUCCGGCCAGGGAGGCAGCUGCCCUCUUGAGCAGAAGUGAGCCGCGAGGGUCCUGCCUUUCUUGGCCAUCAAUGUCUUUGCCACCAAUGGACUUGAGGGGUUGCACAUGUUUUGUGGCCAUUUCCACAUGGAGCUUACUCAAAUCCUCACUGGAGAAGUCAGGGUAGAAACGAAGCCUUCGGAGCCCGGCUCAGGGCUUUACAUCCUGGGGUGCAGCUGCAAGAGGCCACCAGUGGAAAGGCCUGUGUCCUGCCAGCGUCCCUCCGUCCCAGGGCUGCACCAGUGCAGGCUGAUGACAGGGCCAGAGGUUGCUUGGCGUUCCCCAGGGGGGCCGGGAGCAUCACCUCUUGAUGCGUUGAGAAACUCCUCCCCCGCCCCUCCUUCACCCCUCAGGUUUGGAGACGGGAACCACAGGCAACAGCUGGGGUAGGCGGAGAAGGGCAGGGUCUGUCCAUUCCGUGCUCCUCCGUCCCCUCCCCCUGCCUCUGGGUAGCACUGCUUUUUAUAGGGUGGGGCAAAAUUAGCAAAAAACAAAACCCAAACGGAAAAGGAAACAAAACAAAAUCACCACCAACAAAAACACUCUGUCCUCUGUCCCUUCAAAGAAUGAAAACCCAAAAAAGACCCUGCAUAGCUUACAUUUUUAUAAAACCAAACAGAGGCCCCUGUGAUGAUGAGAUGAAGGUUUAGGGUGUAGAAUCAACUCCAAUGCCUUUCAGGAAAGGACUUGUCACCUUCUCAGACUGAGGAUGCCGGGAUACUGCUGGCUGGCUCUCAGGACAGCACAGGGUCCUGGCCCUCGAAGUUGGGGCUGGUGGCAGGGAGGGAUUUGGUCUCAGCGCUCAGACAGCACUGGGCUCUUGCCUUUGCUUGUCUGGAGAUUGCAAGCACUCACCCUCACCUUUUAAGGUCCCCCACACCCCCUGCAGGCUUUGCUGUGUGUUGGGUCGGCAGGAUAGGAGAGCAGGAGCCCCUGUAAUGAAGGGUCACCGGACAUAGAGCCUUAGUGCUCGUUUGGGACAUAGAGAAUUCAACAGGAGAUUGUAAGGUUAGUCUAGAGAGGAGGAUGCGACUGAGGAUUGUGGGGGUUAAAACAGUAGCUCGCAGCCCCCAUGGGGCAAAAGCUGGGCCAUGGCUGACCCUUUCCUGUUUUCUAACCCUGACCCUGUAUUUCAUCACCCCAC